AUGGCGAACACCCAGCCGCGAAGCAGGACAUCCCUUGACAAUGGCUGGAAGUUCCAUCUAGGUGCUGACAUCUUGGCUCCCCGCCGUCUAGUGGGUAAAGCUGGAACAGCCAACGGAUGGAGUGACCUGACAAAGGAAGAGCUGGAGCAGUACAAAGGCGAGGCAACCGCAAUCGAGAAGAUGGGAGCAGGCUUCCAGGCAAUUCAGGUUCGUCCCAGAGACGGUGACGCCUCUUGGACCGAGGUCAACCUUCCACACGACUGGAGAACUGAGCAAACCCCGGAUCCAAAUAACGACUAUCCCGUCGACUAUCCCAAGGGAUGGCACGCGUGGUGGCCAACAGGUGUCGCGUACUAUCGCACGGUCUUUCCCACGGACCCAGUUCGUCCGGGCCAACACGUCCAAUUGACCUUUGACGGGAUCGCCGGGGAGUCGAGCGUCUGGCUGAACGGGUUCUGGAUCGGAGGGCAGACCACCUCGUACACGCCGUUGACGCUUGAUGUGACUGAACUGCUUCGUUCGGAUGUACCCAAUGUCCUGCUAGUCCGGAGUGAUUCGUCCGAGGCGGAGGGCUGGUGGUUGGAGGGUGGCGGCAUCUAUCGACAUGUUUGGAUGGAAACUUAUGGCGAUGUCCACAUCCAGCAGAAUGGGAUUCUCGUUACUGCCCCGGACAUCUCUCCCGAGCGUGCUCUAGUGAGGGUGGAAGUAGAGGUCGGGAACCUCGCUCUGGAUACGACUGCAGUGACUAUUGAGCUCACAUUCACUGAUCCGAAUGGCAACACGCUCAGUCUUGCUAAAGAUGCCACGAACUCCUCGGUUUCUGUGCCAGGGAUGUCGCAGCGCACUGUUCGGAAAGAGGUUUUGCUCGAAAAUCCAGAGGUCUGGAACAUCGGAAAGGGCUCCCUAUAUACGUUGACCGUCCGUGUCGUCGGGCAGCAAAGCGACCAACUGCUGGAUACAACAACCAUCGAUUUCGGAGUCCGCAGGAUCGAAUGGGCAGAGGAUAGCAUCAUCAUCAACAAGGUCAAGACCAAGAUCAAAGGUGUCAAUCUCCACCAAGACUUUGGCUAUUACGGCAGCGCCCUACCAGACCGGAUCAUCGAAGCCAAGGUCGACAUGUGCGCUGAGAUGGGCGUCAAUGCUAUUAGGGUAGCGCACCACUCGCCCACACCAGAGCUGGUCCGCCACGCCGAUCGCAUCGGGAUGCUGAUUCUGCCAGAGCAGCGCAAUAUGAGCACUUCUGCAGCUAGCAUUGAGCAGUUACGAGCUAUGGUUCGAGCCUUUCGCAGUUCGCCUUCUGUUUUCAUGUGGAGUCUCGAAAACGAAGAACUGUCCAUGCAGGGGACACCGAUGGGGAGCGCUGUCCUGGCUCGUCUCAUCAAGGAAUGCAGGGUGUUGGACCCGACUCGUCCCGUCACUGUCGGCGGUGUCAUGAACCUCCCCGACACCAAGACCGGGUAUUACCAGCAGCUGGAUGUAAUCGGGAUGCACUACCGAUGCUUGUUUGGUACCCUCGAUGAGUCCAUUGCCUUGCACCCACGUCAGCUUCAUGUCCUGGACGAGGAGGGCCUGUAUGCCUGCACCCGCGGGGUUUACCACUACGACAAGGCUGGCGCGUACUCGGGCUCAUUCUCUUAUAUCCAUGAAGCUCUCUUGGACCGAGACGAGCCGCAGGCGAACGGCGCGAUUGGCGAUAUCGACCCCAGCAAGUUCUCCCCAAUCAUUGCACCAAACAUUACCCUGGCCUUCUCGCAUCCCAAGGUCACCGGCGCCUUUAUUUGGACAGGCAUCGACUACUACGGGGAACCGGCACCCGCCCGCUGGCCGUCUCUCGUUGGCGCCUAUGGACAACGGGAUCUUGCUGGCUUGCCAAAGGAUUAUUACUGGCUUGUGAGAAGUGUCUUUAAGCCCUCGGAGCCCAUCGUCCACGCGUUCCCCCACUGGACCUGGCCCGGGAAAGAAGGCCAGAAUUUGCCGUUUGCAGUCUACUCGAACUGCGAUGAGGUCGAGGUCGAGAUCAACGGGACGGUCAUAGGAGACCGCUGGCCGGUGGUCAACCACAAAGCGCAGAUACGCGAGGGGGUCGUAUAUCAGCCUGGUCGAGUCUGUGUUCGUGGAUACCGCGAGGGAAUCGUUGUUGCCGAGCACAUACAACAGACGGCCGGUGCGCCUUCCGCACUGAGACUCCUCCCAGACCGUUCGGUUCUCGACACCGACAGGAGGGAUGUGGCGAUUGUUCGAGUUUCAGUUGUGGAUUCCGAGGGUUGUUUCGUGCCGGAUGCUACGGACGAGAUUUCGUUCUCUGUCAAGGGGCCAGGUCGCGUUGGGGGGUUGUGCAAUGGUGACACGGCGUUUUCAAAGUACCUCCGGGCUACCGACAGGAUUGGUCUGUUCCAUGGACAGGCUGUUGCGUUUAUUGAGGCUGGUAGGGAAGAAGGCGAGAUCGAGGUCCUCGCCAUUGGCAACGGACUUGAACAGGCGCGGACGACAAUCCGGGCUUCGAGUGAACCGAUCAAUGUGGGUAAGCUGAUCCCUGCUCUUGAUGAGAGGCAGGUAUCCGUGUAUGGAACGCAUAGGAGUCUCGCGUAG